AUGGAAUAUAAGAACGAGUACAUCAAACAAAAGCAGUAUUAUAAAGCUAUGGUAUGUCAUAAAACGGCCGAAUAUUUAAUGGGAAGUACUGAUACACAAUGGUAUAUCAAUGGUAUUGAAGAUUUAGGUCCAACUGCAUAUGAGUUGAUGAAUGAUGGGGAAAAGCCGUAUGAUUGGAAACAAUUGGGUGAUCGAUACUUUACGACUGAAAAGUAUAUAAUUGCAUUAACCUGUUAUCUAUUUUGUGAAGACAGGAAUCUGGAUAAAAUUAUUUUAGAACAAGCUCAAUCAUCCAAAUUAUCAUUGUCAACAGCAUUGCUUUACUAUACAACAGUCUAUAAACGAUUACGAGGCAAUAACCCUAGGGUCUUAUCCAAAAACAACGGUGUACAAUGCAAUAAUACCUUUUAUAACAUCUGCAUGGUCUUAUCAAAACGAAAUAAUCCACACAUCCGUCCAUUUAUUACAUCAGCCAUUAAAAUAUAUGACGUUCAUAAUCUAUUCAAAAACACAGAUUUAUUUAAAUAUCAUCUUUUAAUCGUAAAUGAACUUUGGAAAACAAAUAACGACAGCGGUCAAAACGAUCGAUUAGUCAAUGGUGGUGUACACAUUCUGUUACCAUUUGAUAAUUUGUCCACAGAAUCUAUACGUAAUUUAACGGCACUGAAUCAACCUCUGCUCAUUAAAUCAAACAUCGAAGUAUACAAUGAAUUGAAAUCUAGCACCUACAAAUCCUGUCCUGAAACUAUGCAAGUACUGUUAAAUUCAAACAACUACUUUCUCCAACAAUUAAAACAGUUAUUUUAUCAAUGUCUUGGCCGUCUACAACUGUUAGAAGUGCAACAGUUAGAAUAUCGUUCAAAAAUGUAUUUGAUCCAGGUGAUGAUCUUUAAACUUGAAAAUAACUCUGUUCAGUCGUUGCAGAGUGCACAUGAUGCACUUCUCUCUCAUCCAUAUGAAAGUGUCAUGGACACUGAUAUUACGCCACCAAUCAACAUAUUAAAUUUAACAUUUUUAAGACGAAUCGAACGUUUACUGAUGUUAAAGAAAUAUGAACGUGCCAUAAUGAAACGAACAGCCAACACUAAUCCGUUAGAAGCGGCCUACUCUUACAUUGAUUUAAUUAUGGCUGUCACUGGCAGUAGAACAUUGUAUGCUCACAGACCCUUAAGGAAAAUAUCAUUAGAUAUACCUGAGUCUGAAUCUAAAUAUGCAUAUGAAUCUACUGCAUUGAGCGAUAUUAUCCCUUCCGGUUUGCAUUUAAAUAAUUCAUUUAUUUGA